AUGAUGGUUGAACGAAACUUGGACACAACAAAGUGGCCCAAGAUGGAUAUCACCAACUGUCGCAGCAUGGAGCUCUUCCGCCGACUUGGCCUCGCCGAAGGGCUGCGAGAGAUUGGUGUUCCUCCACAGUACUCCUUCGAUGUGAUCUUCAGUACCGGGCUCUCAGAAGAGGGAGAAGAAGUAGCUCGAUGGAAGCUGGACUCCGUCGAUGAGUGGCGGAAGCGUAUCAAGUCGCAAAACGACGGCACUCUCCCGCGAGAGCCUUACCAGCGCUGCUCUCAGGCAGUCCUCGAGGCAUGGCUCAAGCCUCGAAUCCAAGCCGAGAAGCUCAUCGAUGCGCAUUUCGGUCUCAAGUUUGAGUCUCUUACAGAGACGGCUGAUGGGGUGGAAUCUACGCUCACGGACGUAACCACGGGCGAACAACAUGUUGUUCGCAGCAAGUAUGUAGUCGCCUGUGAUGGAGCUGGAAGCCGUGUCCGCAGAUCACUCGGAAUCAACCUCCUUGGUGGACCUGUUCCUGGAGCCAUGAUGUUGGUUCACUUUAAGUCGCGAGACAUCACCAGGCUGCACAAGCAAGGGCAGUUCUGGCACAUUGGGUUUGCCAAUGGGGCUUUCUUCAUUGCGCAAGACGAGGUCAACACAUGGACCAUGCACACGCCGAUCCCAAUCGACGCAGAUUGGGAGAAGUUGGACCCUGUGGAAACAGUCUACAACGCGCUCGGGGGUCCUUCAGCGCCGUAUCCCAUCAAGAUUGACGAAAUAUUGGUCAAGAGCACCUGGCGACCGAACAUUUGCGUUGCCGAGAGGUACAUCUCUCCAGGCGGACGCGUCUUCCUCGCAGGCGACUCAGCCCACCAGAACAUUCCCAUGGGGGGCUACGGCAUGAACACUGCCGUCGGAGACAGCUUCGAUAUCGGGUGGAAGCUCGCUGCCGUGUUGAACGGGUUUGGCGGCGAGCAGCUUUUGAAGUCGUAUGAGCUGGAGCGUCUGCCCGUCGCGGUGCGAAACAUUAAUCAUUCGGGUACUUUGUGGCAGAAAUGGGUGAGGAUCUGGAGUAGCUGUGCUCAGGUCGGGGCCGAUAUCCUCUCGCAGAGCAAGCUGGCAAAGGCCUACAAGGCGGAGCUGGCGAAUUACUUCCUGACCAACGACAGCGAGAACAAGGACCAUGGCAUCGAGAUGGGCUACCGAUACAACGCGUCGCCGGUCGUCGUUGGCGAUCCCGACGCUUCGGAGCCCGAGUGGAAUUUCCGCCAUUAUGUCCCGUCGACGUGGCCCGGAGCGAGGCCGCCGCAUGUCUGGCUUGCCGAUGGCGAGACGAGCAUCUUUGACUUGUUUGGCGAGGAGUACACCAUUGUCGACUUUUCCGAAGAUGGUAAAAUGGCUGAGGAGUUCGGAAAGGCUGCGGAGCGCUUGGGCAUCCCGUUGAAGAAGGUUCAUUUGCCGACAGAGAGGCAUGUGCGGGACAUCUGGGAGCGGAAUGCGGUUCUCAUCAGGCCGGAUGAUAUGGUCGCAUGGAGAUCGCCCCGUGAUCACACCAACUUUGAGGGUGAUGUGGACGACAUCUUGAAGACUGCGGUCGGACUGAAGGGGGACCUCAAGGCUGGAGUUCAGAACAGAGAGCGGGUGCUGGAUGGGGUUCGGCAGAAGGGAUUCGUGGGCACGGUUGGAAAUGUCAACCAGGACAGGGUGUCGAUGAAGGCUAAGUUUCAAAAGUGA